GUUCUGUGGCAUCCUUUUGUGCGAUGGAGCAAGGCACGCCGGCACUGGAGGAAGGAGCAAAAACCGCUGAUGUACCCCGCGGUGAAGAAGCAAGUCUGAGAGUGGCCAUGGUACCCCACAGUGAAACUGAGGACAGCUGCGGAUCUCUGGCGCGACGCCAUUGGGUCAAGGCUUGGCUAUGUUACGUCGGAAUCUUGGACGCCUUUCUUUCAGUGGCGAUUUACAUGUCCAUGAUGCCCCAGUACGUUUUCUUGCCAUACGUCGCUUCAGAGCAGGCAACUGUUGCUGCUGUUUUGGCGCAGGUUGUGGCUUAUCCUUUACUGAUGACCAUUGUUGCGGGAAAAGCGCAGAUCCUUCUGUCACUGGUGGCCGAAGUCGCAGAACAUAAGGAUGAGGAUCACAUCCUUGAGAUGUGCACUCAUUUGCUGAUGGUGGUCUUCAAUUUCAGUGAAGAGCGCAGACAGAAGGUGGAAACAGCAUUGAAAAUCAGCUUUUGUGCCAACUUCUUUAUUGGGAUUGCAAUUGGCGUGAGACUGGAACUGGGUGGAAAUAACUUUGGAAUCAUCUCCGGCAUCCUCAUGGUGUGCCUUACGGCGACAACCAUAUUUGCAUACUGCCACUAUGUGGCGAUGAUCGUGCAAAUUGUCCGGAACCAGUACCUAUACCAGGAGAUUCCAGAAGAGGAACAAGAUGAGAGACUUAUGAAAUAUGAGAUCACUCGCCCUCUCCCCAGGCGUAAUAUGUGGAUGGGAUCUGAAUAUAUGGUGGCUGCUUUCAUUGGCCAAGUCAUCCUGGGCCUUUUAGUAAUCUUGAGAAUCAUUUCCGCGACGUUUCUGAUACUGUCGACGGCGAUGGGCACCAUGUUCUAUGCCUUUGCAUUUACACACUUCUUUCCUUCCAUGGUGAGAAAACGCUGUUUUUUCUGCCCGUGCACAUCCUGCUUUUGGAUGGUGAUUGGGAUGGUUGUAACCCUUUGCAUUAUUUUUGGUUUGAUUCCUCAGACCCAAGGGCUGUUUCCGGAGAAGCACUUGGUGCGGCCCAUCUUCCAGCCUGGCCAGGCGUUUAACGACACCUAUGUUGUUCCCGGGCAGCUUGCAGGCUUGGGAGCAUAUCCAGUGUGCAAUGGAAUGACGUGGGCGGCGCGCAACUUUAAUGGGAACAAAUUGCUAGCCCUUGACUUGUUGAUCUUCGCGAAGGCCAUCUAUUGGACGCAUCAGGAAGAUAUCAUGGCCGAGCUGGGGAAUGCCACCUACAACACGGAGCUUUAUCCGGUUCAGCUGGAGGAACUGCAAGAUAUGCAGGCAGUGGCACGGAUCGGUGUCUUCAAGCUGCCCAGCAUCAACACCAGAGUGAUCGCCGUUCGAGGGAGCGCCCAGGCUGAAGACUGGCUCUUCAAUGCAGAUGUGUGGGCACCCUCUGUUCUAACGGGCAUUGUGAGAAAGGUUAUGCCACUCGGAACGUUGUUCCCCUUGAGCUUUAGUCGUAUCGCCAUGGCCCCGGACAUUCGCAGCCUUCUGGGGCUAGACCCACCAUGGGAGUCGCUGCGCGCAAAGAUAGCGGCUAUCAAGAAAAAGAGCGACGAGGAUGGCUUGGCAUUGGCGCUCACCGGCCAUUCCCUUGGUGGAGGUAUGGCGCAACUCUGUGGAAGCAUUGAGGGGAUUCGAUCCUUGACCUUCAGUCCAGUGGGUCAGGCCGUGGCGCAAGCCCGGGUGAAUGGUGAUAGCGUAAAGCACCAGAUGCCCAUAGAGAAUACGGCAGUAUCAGUGGUCCCUUAUGGGGAUAUUGUUCCCCAAAUCGAUGACCAACUGGGUGUUGCACAGAGUAUAGCUUGCACGGCGAUCAACCCUAUUACUUGCCACAAUUUGACCCAGACAGCUUGUG